CCGACAGAGCUUGUUUUGGAGGAAGUGAACAGAGCUCGGCUAGCAGCUAGCAUAUUAGCUUGACAGGAAAAGCAAGCGUCAACGGGAACAAGGCGAAACAGACCAUUGUACCAAAUCGCUCUUGUUACGCGAAGGGAGAUAUACAUCGACUAUAGCAGUAUUGAGUUUUAGAAGAAGAGUUAGCUGCAAGGCUAGCUGUCGGAGACUAAUCAGCUGUCGACGCUCUAAACGUGUUGUUUUCUUACGGCAGACAUUUGUAGGAGCUGUUAGCCUGUUAGCUAGCCUACGCGUUAGCUAACGCUUCCAACUGAGGCGGAGGAAAAGUCCACUUUUGACAUUUCUUAUUGCAGAAUCAUCACCCAGGUUGCUGUGGAACAAUGACGUCAAGGAAGAAAGUACUACUCAAAGUUAUCAUCCUCGGAGACUCUGGAGUUGGCAAGACCUCACUGAUGAACCAGUACGUGAAUAAGAAGUUUAGUAACCAGUACAAAGCCACAAUAGGUGCUGAUUUCCUGACGAAAGAAGUCAUGGUGGAUGACAGACUUGUCACAAUGCAGAUCUGGGACACAGCAGGACAGGAGAGGUUCCAGUCCUUAGGCGUGGCGUUCUACCGCGGAGCAGACUGCUGCGUCCUGGUGUUUGAUGUGACAGCACCCAACACCUUCAAGACUUUAGACAGCUGGAGGGAUGAGUUCUUGAUUCAGGCCAGCCCUCGAGACCCGGAGAAUUUCCCUUUUGUGGUGUUGGGUAACAAGAUUGACUUGGAGAACAGACAGGUAACUACCAAGCGAGCGCAGGCUUGGUGUCAGAGCAAGAACAACAUCCCAUAUUUCGAAACCAGCGCCAAGGAGGCGAUCAAUGUGGAGCAGGCCUUCCAGACUAUUGCACGCAACGCCCUUAAACAGGAGACCGAAGUGGAGUUGUACAACGAGUUCCCCGAGCCGAUAAAGCUGGACAGGAAUGAGCGAGCCAAGCCGUCGGCGGAGACGUGCAGCUGCUGAGGACGCCGAAGAUCUUCUGGGGGGCGUGUUGUCACCGCCCUCACUUACCCUGUCUUGCCUUGUCUAUAUAUCCCCUUCCCCAUAGCCCACUGUGUUAAUCCCUGAUGCCCAACAUACAAGCAGCAUCCCACUCAUAGAGUAUACUACUACUACAAACACAAACAUGCUGCACUCACCUCCCGAUGUAUACAAAACACACAUUUUCUAUAAAAUAUGAGUCUCCUAGCCCAAAGAACACCUUGAGGAAACAUUAUGGAAUUUACUUGUAUGAUGCUUAUUACUUCCCUGUGUUUCCCUCAUGUACUUUUUUCAUGGUGGUGGUGGUUUGGGCUAAUCUCAUUUUCGGUUCCAUGUAUAUUGCUGCUUUCACACCCAGUUUUGGUUGUAACUGUUUUUAGUUGGAUACUUUACGUGGUAAAUUGAAGCAUUAUCUCUAUACAUGUUUGUGUUAACAACUAAAGUUAGAUAACUAAUGUUUCUUUUUUUUUUUUUUUGUUUUUUUUUUUUAAUCAAAGUUUCUUUAGCAGUGCUGGUUGUUUUUCUUACUUUCACAGCCCACCACUGCUGCAUGAACAGAGGAAACACUGCUCCCCCCCAUUUUACUCAUUUGUGUUGUGGCUUCAAUUUGUUUCACUCUUAAAAACACUUGUUAUCAUGGUUUCACUGUACCUCAUGCGACCCUAACAAAAAAAAAAAAAAAACCAAAAAAAAAAACCUGAUCUCUAAAGAUGCAGUCAGACCUGAAGGAUCGGAAUAUGUGAAGGUGCACGCGUAUGUUAAUAUGUAGUCGGCUGAUUUUUCAAUAAUUGGCACAGAAAUGAAAAUUCACUUUGAUGAUUGGUCCAUCAGACAAGCAUGUACAGAUCGUUUUUUGGGUGGACGCUUUCCUGUCAUGUACGAUAAUGAAAGACGUGUUCAGACAUCUCAUUUCGGAGUCACAAUAAAUGCAGUUGUAGUUCAGGUUGAGGACAUCGUGUGAAUCCAGACUUGACUCCUUGAUUUAAAUGCUGUCCCUAAUGCCGUAUUUGCUGUACCUGAUUUGGGGAAACUGAGGUUCCUCUUGUAAUCGGUUAUUCUUGGUACAUUUGACGUGGGAAUUAACCAAAUCAAGAUGGCAUGUCAUUCUACUUGAUAGUCCUGGAGAAAUUUUUCUCAAGUAUAAAUAUCAUUCAUAACUGAGUACUAUUAGUUAGUACGUUUCUUUUUACUGUCAACUAUCGCAACACUUUGUAUAUUUGCAAACUUCUCAGUCAUUGUGUGGGGGACGGCAAAAAGCUGUGCUGUAAAUCUCCAUAUCUGGCUCUGCCAGUUGCUCGUGUUGGCAAACAGUUUAAGUGCUUGACAUUUCUUUAAACCGAUCAGACCUUUAACUGUCUGUUCAUAUUAUGUUAAAACUCUGAAAUGCAUUGUAGGUUACAAGAUAGCAUACAUAAUGUAACUUUGAACAAAGAAAAAAAAAUGUGGGGGGAAAGUAUUGGCAUUCAUCAUUAUUAUAUUAUUAAUAUGAUAAAUGCAUAGCAUCUACAUUGUUUCAAAAUGUCUUUGCGUUUCAAGUAAUAAGGGUAAUAAAAUUCUUGAAUAAAGCAAA